AAAAAGUAUGUCUUUUUCAUAUUUAUUUAGAUUAAAACAUAGAUUUAAAGUGGCCAAGGGUUAAAAUAGAAGGCAUGGAGAUAUUAUCCUUUUAAAAUAGAAGACAAGGCGAUAUUAUCCUUUUAAAAAAAAGUGGGCUAAGGCACUAGUCUUGAACAACUCGGGGUUGGGCUUGUUCUCUACCGUGGAUUGGGAUCGCUCGGUCGCUUGCUAGGUCAGAUUGGAGCAUGAGGACACGUUACCCAUCCUCGCUCCAAGAAUGGCGAAAGCCAAUACCCAAUCCGCGACUCCUUUGCAGGCUCCAUAACAAGAAAUACACGGAAAUCAGAAAGAAAGAAAUCGGUUGAACGUUCAUCCGGCUUUUUGAAUGACUCGAUUCGUUGAUGGACGUUGAUUAACUCAAAUGUUCACCAAGAUAUUCAUAUGGCAGAGUCUAAAUAACAAACAAACGAUAGAGCGAGAGAGUGAUGCACACACCAAAAGCGAACAGAGAAGGUAAACUCACCCAUGCGCGUUGGCCUGUGCGCACCCGGACUAACACGCGCCUGCAUCGCCCUGAUCCGAGCUCAGCUUGUCAAAGGCCAACCCGAACACGCUCUCCUCUGUUACGCACGCGCUCGAGCCCAUGGCCAUACUCCGUCCCCUCCCACCCUUGCGCUAGCCCUCAAGGCAUCACGCCUCACUGGCCACCGAUCGGUUGGUGCAGAGGCCCACGCCACAUCUAUCAAGCUCGGUCUCUCUUUUCGACCCUCAAUUUUUGGUUCACUCAUUGCUAUGUAUGCGUGUUCCUUUGGCCUUGAUGAUGCACGAAAAUUGUUCGAUGAAAUGAUCCAGAGGAAAGACGAGGAGAUUCACAAACCUCACUAUUCUGUAGAGAGACAAACACAGGAAUUGUUGCAUCAAAUGACAGAGAUAGACACCCGCGAAUUGUUAGAGGAUGAGAGAGGAAACCAUGGUUUGUUAGAGGAAGUCGGUGGCAUCCAUGGCAGCAAACUGUUCGACGGAGUAAACGACAAAGAAGCUGCUGAGGUGGUUGGGGGCAAUGCCAUGAUUGCUGGUUAUGCGCGUGCCGGUUGCAUAUCAGAAGCCAUGCACGUGUUUGAGGCAAUGCCUAUACGUGACACCAUAUCAUAUAACUCAAUUAUCUCGGCUUGCAAUAGGGCAGGCAACCCACAAUUGGGCAUCUCUCUAUUUCGACAAAUGCAAGCUGUAGGCCUUAAGCCUGAUUGUUACUCCAUUGCAAUCUCUCUUUCUUCAUGUGCAAAUCUUGGUGCAUUAAACUUGGGCAUUUAUGUGCACAAUUGUGCCAAUGCCAAUGCAGUGCCACUAAACCACAUUGUGGGGGCGGCCCUAAUCGAUAUGUAUGCGAAAUGUGGAAGCAUAGAUAUGUCUUUGACAGUAUUUUCGCAGGCCCCACGAGCCCAUGUAUCUGCUUGGAAUGCAAUUAUUGGUGGCCUUGCAGCAUAUGGUCGGGCCCAUGAGGCUCUCAACCUCUUCACAGAGAUGCAAAGGGAAGGGGUUGAACCCGACACUAUAACUUUUACCAACAUACUGACAGCAUGUAGCCAUUGUGGUUUGGUAGAUGAAGGUCUGUGUUACUUUGAUCGCAUGUCAAAAGAAUUCGGCUUAACUCCUGAAAUUCAGCAUUAUGGCUCAAUAAUUGACAUGUUGGGUCGGUCUGGUCUUUUGAAAGAAGCCCAAAACUUCAUAGAAUCCAUGCCUUUGAAGCCAGACUUGGUUUUGUGGCGAGCUCUCCUUAGUGCUUGUCGUAACCAUGGGGAGGUGGACUUUGGUGAAGGAGCCAUUGAUCAGAUUUUGAAUUUCAGGUCAAAAGAUAGCGGAGAUUAUGUUCUCAUAUCAAAAUUGUACUCUAGUUUGAGAAUGUGGGAUAAAGUAGAAAAAGUAUGGAAGGUGAUGAAGAAGAAAGGGAUCAAGAAGAAUCCAGGAUUGAGUUGUAUCGAGAUUAAUGGUGAGGUUCAUGAAUUUUUAUCUGGAGAUCGAUUACACCCAUUUUCCGACAAGAUUUAUAGAGUUUUAGAUGAAGUGAUGAAGAGGUUGAAGGCUAAUGGAUUUGAGCAUGAGACAGGUGUUUCCAUGAUUGAUGUGUUGGAGGAAGAGAAGGAAGAGAUGUUGGGUUAUCAUAGUGAGAAGUUGGCUGUGGCUUUUGGGCUCCUGACUACAAGCCCGAGGAGCUUGAUAAGGGUGGUGAAGAACCUGAGAAUUUGCCAUGACUGUCAUUCUGCAAUAAAGAUGGUGUCUAGGAUUUUUUGUAGGGAGAUUGUGGUGAGGGAUCGGUUGAGGUUCCACUGUUUCAAUGCAGGAUAUUGUUCAUGUAACGAUCAUUGUGAGUUCAGGUUCUUCUUGGACUUUUUGGACCCGACCUAGCUUGGAGUAUAGAGCAACAAUUAGCAGAGAAUAAAAGCUUGCAUCUACGUUGAUGCAGAUGCAGAAGAAUUUCAAGCAAAUCUCUUAUCCAUGUAAUUGCAGAGGUCCAGAGAAAUUUGUAAUCAGACUGCUUUCAUUUUAUUCAAAAUUUUGCUAAGAAAAGAAUGAAGGCUUGCUUUUAUAUUUGGUGGAAAUCUGACGACAAGUUUUAAGUAGAGAUUACUUUCACUUAGAAAUUUGCAGAGCAUCGCUUUUUCCUAUAGAAAUGGUGCAUGGCGAUACAUGCGUAUUUGUGUAGACCAAUAAAUAUUCCUAAUUCUACUAUAUGAACACAUUAGGUUGAUAAUAUAGCCAUAGAUGGUGCAUUCCCCUUAAAGUUGAGCUUGUGAAUAUUUUCAAUAGAAUUUUUUGAUACGAAAUAUAAAAAUGAUUUUACUUUUUUUAGUUACAAAAGCUGUAUCAAUAACUUGUUUUACUAGUUGCUCAGAGAGCAUGACAGAGAAGACUUUUUAAUUUUGAAAUGCUUUCUUGUUACCUACGUGGGAAAAUGAUCUAGAGGCCAUAGGGAAACCAUUUUCCAAAAAUCAUUUUCAAGGUGUGAACAUUUUCCCUUUAAGCAAAUCUGUACCAGAAUCAAUUGAACUGUUAACCUAAUGCAGCCUUGCCCCAAAGGAGUUAAUUGAACAUAUAACCUGAUGACCUGAAGUGGCCUCUCUCCCUUUGGCAUCAGUUGGGAGU